CAUGCUCUCGCGUGGGCUUUCCUGGUAUAUAUACGGGUAGUGAUGGCGACGUUUCAUUUCAUUAUACGAAUUCGUCUCCGAACACAGAACACGGAACUUUACUCUGAGAAGAUCUUUAACAUGGAAUCCUGUGAUAUGUCGUACGACUUGGACUCUGGGAAUAACGUUCUGAGAAAGGGAAGAAAACUCCUGGCAGAAAAGAAACGUCGGGCCAGAAUCAACUCGUGCCUUGGACAAAUUAAAAGCAUCAUAUGCGGAGGUCACAAGCAAAACGACCCCAAUUACAGUAAAAUGGAGAAGGCGGAAAUACUCGAGUCCACAGUGAAAUACCUACGGACAAUCAGACGCGACCGAACCAUUGGCGGCGGAUCACACGUCACCAAAGACGUCAUGAUGGCCAGAUACAAAUCGGGAUUUUCGAAAUGUGCUGAAGAGAUCGUGAACUAUCUGCAAGGGCAUCCUGGUAUUCCCGACCAUCUGCAGCGUCAGAUCAGACGACACCUGUCGAAAAAAAUCCAAUCAGCGGCGCAGACGACAUCAACGGACAGCGACAGAACAUGCACGAGACUCAGUCACGCAGACGACUAUCGCAUCCAAACUUCCGCUGUAGCCGGAAGUUCUUCCGGGCUGGGUUAUUUGGACAAUUCGCUUGGAAGUUCGGCUGUCAGAGAUGGGAACAGUUUUUCAGACUCCGAAAACGGGGGACUGUCGAAGUUUGGUUAUCUCUCGAUGUCUUCUUCCAACAACAACAACAACAGCAACAAUCGUACGACUGUACAACAGAUGACAGCUCCCCACAGCGAAAGUGAUGAUCGCGUGAGGGCAUGGCUACACAGCACGUACGUCAGUCAUGGACUUAGUCGCUAUGAAUCACGGGAACUGUUUUCUUCGUCUCCGGUCGUUAAAGCUGAAGAUGUGUGGAGACCGUGGUGAUUAUGACAAUAGAUACUGCGUCAUAAUGAAACAUUUCUGGUUGCCAUGACGAUGAAAAAAAAAAGCUGAAACAAAACAAUCAAAGCUGAAUUGUGAUACAUCGCUAUUUAUAUAUUUUUGAUACAGUAAAUAUAUUGUUAUAUA